CAGACAUAAGGUAUAAAAUAAAAUGGAGAUUUUAAGAGGCAAGCGAAAAAAUAGUUUUGUAUGCAUUUAUGAAGGGUAUUCUUAUAAUAAAGAUUCUAAAAAUCCUAAAAUUUAUCGCUGCUCUAGUCGUCAGACCCAACAGUGUACAGGAACAGUGGUUCAAAAAGGUGAACAAUUUUUUAUCCAAAAACCACACACACCCUAAUAAUCCACAAUGUGCAGAAGUGUUAAAAUUGAAGUCGAUGAUGUUAAAGGAAUGUAGAGAAAAUCCUUGCAUAAAUAAUAAGGAGAUUUUUGAUAAUAUUUGUCGUACAAAUCCUGAUGCAGCAGCAUAUAUUUCAUACAAUAAUAUGAAAUCUAUUAUGUUCAGAGAAAAGGUAAAAUCUCGACCACCACUUCCUAAAACUGUACAGAGUGCGCAUGAAAUGCUUGAAAAUUACAAUGUCUUGAAAGACAUUUAUAAGGGAUGUGCAAUUUCAAAUGAAAGUAAAUAUGCCCUGAUUUUUUCAAACAUUGUACUACUAAGUGCAUUAGAAAAUGCCAACGAAAUUUACAUGGAUGGUACCUUUUCCGUUGUGCCACAAAUGCCUGUUUUUCAUCAGCUGUAUACUGUACAUAUACGGUACACUGACACGGUAUACCACUAUUGAUAGUUUUUGU